AAGUCUGGAUAUUGUUGUAUUCGCUUAUCGUUACCACUACUAAAGCUGAGGAAAAUAAAAGAAUAUAGGGAAACCUUAUUACAUGAAAUGAUCCACGCCUUUUUGUUUUUAACAAGAAGUAAUACGAAGCAUGAUGGACAUGGACCAGAGUUUAAAAAACACAUGUACAGAAUAAAUAGAGCUACUGGAUUGCAUAUAACGAUUUAUCACACUUUUCAUGAUGAAGUAAAUUUUUAUCGAAAUCAUAUAUGGCGCUGCACAGGUGUGUGUAGAAAAUAUCCACCCCAUUUUGGAUUUGUCAAAAGAUCGAUGAAUAGACCUCCUGGACCAAAAGAAAAAUGGUGGAGAAGACAUUCUUCUUACUGCUGUGGAAACUUUGUUAAAAUUGAAGAAACAGAUGAGAACAAAAAAAACGAAAUGGUAAACAUGAACAAAGCAGGAAAUAAGAUAUCAAAUAUAACAAACGCAAUACAAAAAAGGAAUAACAAAAGAGAUAAGGAUACUUUUGAAAAAAGGCAAGACAAUAAUAAUCUUUUUGAGGACAUGAUAAAUGACGAAAUAAUUAUUUUAGACAACGAAAAUAAUAAUAGAAAUAAAAAGGAAGGGGAGGAUGAAAUUGAUAUAAUAAAUUUAAUAAAAAAUUUAUUUAGUGAUAAUAAGGACAAAAUAUUAUCCUUUCCAGAUAUUACUGUGGAUUAUCACAAGGCAUUUGAAGGUAAAAAUUAUUUCGAGAUAGAUUAG